GCCGGCCCCUCGCCCUCCCCGGCCCCUCGCCCUCCCCGGUCCCCCGCCGCCGGGAUGCUGCCGUGCGCCGCGGCCGGGCGCUGAGCCGCCGCCGGCCCGGGAGCCGCGCCGCCCCCCCUGCAGCCCCCGGCGGGAGCAUCGCGCUGCGGGUCACCUUGCAAGGAGGAAGAUGGGAGCCACUGCCCCGGUGUGACCAGUCUCUAAGGUACAACAAAAUAAAGACCGCUCGUCCCACUCCCUCAGACACCUCCCAGUAUGGAUGGCUUGGUUGAGCAGAACAGCGUGCUAAUGCACAACAAGAUCGCUGAAGCUGGGAAAAGGAAUGGUUUAAUUAAUACAAGGAACUUAGUGGCAGAGAGCCGAGAUGGUCUGGUCUCUGUGUACCCGACCCCCCAGUACCAGAGCCACCGAGCAGGCAGCCUUUCCUCUCCCAGCUGCCUGGAGAAGGGCAGGAACGACCCCGUGCAGCAGCUCCUGGACCCCAACAUGCUGCAGCAGACGGUGGAGUCUCACUACCGGCCCAACAUCAUCCUCUACUCGGAGAACGUGCUGCGCUCGUGGGGUGAGAGCAUCGGCUCGGAAUGCUGUGAAACCACCUUCAUCGAGGACCGUUCUCCCACCAAAGACAGCCUGGAGUACCCGGACAGCAAGUUCAUCGAUCUCUCAGCAGAUGACAUCAAGAUUCACACCCUCUCCUAUGAUGUGGAGGAAGAGGAGGAUUUCCAGGAGCUAGAGAGCGAUUACUCAAGUGACACCGAAAGUGAAGACAAUUUCCUGAUGAUGCCACCAAGAGAUCAUCUCGGCCUCACUGUGUUCUCCAUGCUCUGUUGCUUCUGGCCUUUGGGAAUUGCUGCCUUUUACCUGUCUCAUGAGACAAACAAAGCAGUAGCCAAGGGGGACUUCCACCAUGCAAGCUCCAGCUCCCGGCGAGCACUCUUCCUGGCUGUCCUGUCCAUCACAAUCGGAACUGGCAUCUACGUUGGGGUGGCUGUGGCUCUCAUUGCCUAUCUGUCCAAAAACAAUCACUUAUGAGCCUCAGGAAAGGGGGAGAACCAGCCACCCGGCGCCUGCACUGCAGAACUCCCCAGCAGAUCAGACUGCAUGAUUUUCCAAAAAGAUCAAGAGACAAACAAACACCUUCUGGGGGCAGGUACAGGAUAAGACGGGCUUGUGCAUUAUCGUAGGGUGGGAAGCUGGCUGGGGUGGGGAUAGUUCCAUCGUUUGUGAUGCACAAGUCUUGCUUCUCUUCACGAACCCCCGUACAAGAAAGAAAGAAGGAGAGAAAGAGUGAGAGAGAGAAAGAAAAAGGAAAGUGAGAGAGAGAGAAAAAAAACAAAACCAAAACCAGAAGGAAGGCAGCUGGGGGAGGUGUGGAGAGGGGUGUUUUGCCUUUGCCUUCUUUGCAAUACGGUGUUUACAAGGAGCUGGCAAACUGAGCUGUUCUCUUAAUACUUUCUUGGUCACCUGAAUUUUUCAGCCAGCAUGAGCUUGUGCUUAGUUUGCUCGUUAAGCACGGCACUGAGAUCUGGGAAAGCACGGACAGUGGCUGGUUCUCUGAAAGAGCAAUAUAACAACAGGAGGAAGAAUAUGUUUUCUUUUUUUCGAAUGCAGGACUCAUUUGCCUGAGAGUGAAACAGAGACCUCAGCGCAGAAUGGUAUUGCCUACUCUUCUUGUGUGGGCAGGUUUCCAUGGAAGGAGAAAAGGAAAUAAAAAAUAUUUUUUCUUUCCUAUCCUUGUUUUUGGAUUAAGAUGUGACCCACAGGCCCACCCAGUGCAGAACAGCUGAGGUUACUGCAUGACUUGGCUCCGCAGACUGAGUGUGAGGUCGAAGUAGCAUGGGAUCCGCUGUAAAAAGAAUUCCUCCAUCCAGUCACAUCGUGACAAUGGCACAUUCCUGUGGCGUUUUGCUCAUCGGCGUUGCUCCGCCUUACCGUGGAGACCCGCGUAGCAGUCAAUGCAAGAAACCUGGGGGGGG